AUGGCAAGUGAGGGAGAGAGUUUUCUAGCCUUAGUGCAUUGCUGUGGCAAAAUUAAAAAAAGCAAAAGCGAGGGUGUGAAGUUCACUGAUAGAGAACCACUGAGUGUUUUCAUCAGUUCGUCAAGCUCCUUAUCAGAUUUGAAGAACAGCAUCUUGCAGAAGCUUGGCGUGUUUGGUAGCAAGUGGGUGAAGAAACUAUACUACAAGAUCCCCAUCGCAGUUGUCUCGACCGGUGUUAAGUAUGAUACCUUUGUGGUUAAGGCUGAUGAAGAUCUUAGGGUUUUGUUCCAUUGCGUAAGGAGUUUUCCGGAGAUCAGAAUCCAUGAGUUGUUCGCGAAGUUGGAGGUCGGUGUUGAAAGUUCUAGGGCAUCCGCUCCAGUUCCUGGCUCGACUGCCGCCGGAGGUGCAUCUAGUUCGAUGCCUACCGUCAGACCGUAUCAUCCACCAAUAGCAUCCCCUUCAUUCGUAGUGGAUUUAGGCCGAAGAGAGGUUGUUGGUUCUGUAACUUUGGAGAAUGCACCAGUCGAUGAGCCUCCUCACGAUGUCGGCACUGGGGGUGGCCUGUUAACUUAUAUGGAAGGCUUUGGUGGACCCGAUCGAGUAGAGAACGCAAUAUGUGACGAUGACUCUGAGCAGGAGCCUGUUGAUAUCACAGGGGACAGCGACGAUGACACAGGUGCAAAUCCACAUACGCAGCAUAUGCCUUCAAGUUCUGCCUCUCAACAGUACCCUCCACACUUCUCGACACUAAACUUGGAUGCUCUGGCUCAACAGGAGGACGGAGGUAACAUAGUCGGGGGCUCUUCUACAGAAUUUCAGAUCGGGAAAUCAUUCCAAAACAAAGAUGAAGCUGUGCUGAGUGUGAAGGACUAUAGCAUCCGGCGAGGUGUUGAGUACAGAGUCAUCGAAUCAGAUCAUCUGAAGUAUCAUGGAAAAUGCAAGGAAUUCGAGAAGGGUUGUACUUGGUUGAUUCGAGUAGCCCUGCGUGCACGCAAGGGCACUUGGGAGGUUAGGAGGUACAACGGGCCACACACAUGCUUGGCAACCUCUAUUUCGAGUGAUCACCGUCAGCUGGAUUACCACGUUAUUUGUGCGAGGAUUCUUCCGUUGGUUAGGGCAGACGCUGUGGUUACGGUAAAGGUUUUGCAAGAAGCUACAGAAGCUGAUUACGGGUUCCGGCCUAGCUACAGGAAGGUCUGGAUGGCCAAGCAGAAGGCAGUGGCACAAAUAUAUGGCGAUUGGGAAGAGUCGUACGCAGACCUGCCACGUUGGAUGUUAGGGGUCCAGUCAACAAUGCCUGGAACAAUCACGGUGUUGAAGACCUCUCCCGUUCGGCUUCGUGGUGAGAUUGACGAGUCGACGGUGUACUUUCACCGACUUUUCUGGACAUUUCCACCGUGCAUUGAGACAUUCCGUCAUUGCAAGCCCCUUGUCAGUAUUGAUGGUACCCACCUGUAUGGUAAGUAUGGAGGAACGCUGCUGUUGGCAAUAGCGCAGGAUGGGAACUCGAACAUCCUGCCAAUAGCAUUUGCCCUUGUGGAGGGUGAGAAUGCAGAGUCGUGGUCAUUCUUCUUGUCCAACCUACGAGAGCAUGUAACUCCUCAGGAGGGUAUCCUUGUUAUCUCCGACAGGCAUAAUGGAAUCAAGGCAGCGCUUGAGGCACCGAAGAAUGGCUGGCUCCCUCCCCGUGCUUUCCGAGCGUACUGUCUUCGGCAUGUGGCGGCCAAUUUUGCCCUUACGUUCAAAGGUAAGGACUCAAGGAGGAUGCUUGUGAAUGCUGCCUACGCAAAGACUGAAGCAGCGUUCUAUUACUGGUUUGACAUCAUGCGGACUGAGAAUCCAGCAAUGUGUGACUGGGCCAACCGGAUGGAGUACGACAAAUGGACCCAACAUGAGGAUAGUGGUCGACGGUUCGGGCACAUGACAACCAACAUUAGUGAAUGUGUGAACUCGGUGUUAAAGGGAACUCGCAACCUCCCGGUCACAUCUUUGGCUAAGUCAACUUACGGGAGGCUUGCUCAGCUAUUUGUGGUCCGCGGACAGGCAGCAGAGGCACAAAUUGGAUCUGGGCAUGAGUUUUGUCAGGCCUUGGUCAAGGCUAUUGAUCGGAAUAUAAGAGACUCUAGGUGCUUCACGGUGACGUUGUAUGACAGGCAUCAAUCUGAGUACACGGUCGCCGAGACAACACCAACCGGGAGCUUCUCGCUGGGAAGCUAUAGGGUUUCCCUUAAAGAUAACACAUGCGACUGUGGCCACUUUCAGGCGCUACACUAUCCUUGUUGCCAUGCCAUUGCGUGUUGCGCAUACUCCCGCCUUAAUUGGGCGUCAUAUGUUCACGAGGUAUAUCGUAUGAGUGAGGUGUUCAACGUUUACAAGCAGGGUUUUUAUCCACCUAUCCCUGAAGGACUGUGGCCUCCAUAUCCUGGGCCAACUAUCAUACCUGACCCUGAUUUGAGGCGUGCAAAGGAAGGUCGUCCUAGGGCAACCAGGAUCCGUGGUAGUAUGGAUCAGUCUCAGGAGAACCAACCUAAGCGCUGUGGGUUAUGCCGUCAGCCUGGGCAUACGCGCAGGAACUGUGACCAGCGAAGACAGACUGGUGGAGGGUCAGCCUAG